CGGGAGCGGGGCGGCACCGACGGAGCGGCGUCCGCCUGCGGCUGCGGGCCUCGGUGUUUUGAGCGCUGCUUUCGGAACGCUUUCUGUCCAGAUCGAAGCUAAACCCCCUUCUAUUUGAGCAGCCCUUGCAAUGUGGCCGUAAAAGAAAGCGCGCCUCCGGGCCGCGCCGCCUCGUAGACCGUUUCCGGAAGAACCCGGCCGCGCUUUGAGCUUUGAGGGGGGGUUAAAAUGCCCGAAAUCAAGGUGACGCCGCUCGGCGCCGGGCAGGACGUGGGGCGCAGCUGCAUCCUGGUGUCCAUCGCGGGGAAGAACGUGAUGCUGGACUGCGGGAUGCACAUGGGCUACAACGAUGACAGGCGCUUUCCUGACUUUUCCUACAUUACUCAGAACGGGAGGCUGACUGACUUUCUAGACUGCGUGAUCAUCAGCCACUUCCACUUGGACCAUUGUGGAGCUCUCCCCUAUUUCAGUGAGAUGGUUGGCUACGAUGGGCCCAUUUAUAUGACACAUCCUACCAAGGCCAUCUGUCCUAUCCUCCUGGAGGACUACAGGAAAAUAACUGUAGAUAAGAAAGGGGAAACCAACUUCUUCACAUCCCAGAUGAUUAAGGACUGCAUGAAAAAAGUGGUCGCUGUGCAUCUUCAUCAGACAGUUCAGGUGGAUGAGGAGCUGGAGAUCAAGGCGUACUAUGCAGGCCACGUGCUGGGAGCAGCCAUGUUCCAGAUCAAGGUCGGAUGUGAGUCGGUUGUGUACACUGGUGAUUAUAACAUGACACCAGACAGACAUCUAGGUGCUGCCUGGAUUGAUAAGUGUCGCCCCGAUUUAUUAAUAACAGAAUCCACCUAUGCCACAACUAUCAGAGACUCCAAACGCUGCAGAGAAAGAGACUUCCUGAAGAAAGUUCAUGAGACUGUGGAACGAGGGGGAAAGGUUCUUAUCCCAGUUUUUGCCCUUGGUCGUGCCCAGGAACUUUGUAUUUUAUUGGAAACGUUCUGGGAAAGAAUGAACUUGAAAGCUCCAAUUUAUUUUUCCACUGGACUGACAGAGAAGGCUAAUCACUAUUAUAAGCUCUUCAUCACAUGGACUAAUCAGAAAAUCCGGAAGACAUUUGUGCAGAGAAACAUGUUUGAGUUCAAACACAUCAAAGCAUUUGAUAGAGCCUUUGCAGAUAAUCCAGGACCAAUGGUUGUGUUUGCAACACCUGGUAUGCUUCAUGCAGGGCAGUCCCUGCAGAUCUUCAGGAAAUGGGCAGGGAAUGAAAAGAAUAUGGUAAUCAUGCCAGGCUAUUGUGUGCAGGGAACUGUGGGCCAUAAGAUCCUGAGUGGACAACGCAAGCUGGAAAUGGAGGGAAGGCAAAUACUGGAAGUAAAGAUGCAGGUGGAGUACAUGUCCUUCAGUGCCCACGCUGAUGCCAAGGGAAUCAUGCAGCUGAUUCGCCAGGCUGAGCCACGCAAUGUCCUGCUGGUCCACGGAGAAGCAAAGAAAAUGGAGUUUCUGAAGCAGAAAAUAGAGCAGGAAUUUCAUGUCAGCUGUUACAUGCCUGCAAAUGGAGAGACCACGACUAUAUUUACCAACCCCAGCAUUCCAGUGGACAUCUCCCUGGGACUCCUGAAGAGAGAAACAGCAAUAGGUCUCUUACCAGAUGAGAAGAAGCCAAAGCUUAUGCAUGGCACGCUGAUUAUGAAGGAUAACAGCUUCCGCCUGGUUUCUCCUGAGCAGGCCCUGAAGGAGCUGGGCCUUGCAGAGCACCAGCUGCGCUUCACCUGCCGCGUUCACAUUCAGGACCCGCGGAAAGAACACGAGACCGUGCUCCGUGUGUACAACCACCUCAAAGGGGUCCUGAAGGAUUACUCAGUGCAGCAUCUCCCUGAUGGUUCUAUAACAGUUGAAUCCAUUCUUAUCCAAGCCACAGCACACUCAGAGGAUCAAGGAACCAAAGUUCUGCUCGUAUCCUGGACUUACCAGGAUGAAGAAUUAGGCAGCUAUCUCACAUCCCUCCUGAAAAAGGGACUGCCCCAGAGCACAUCUUGAGCCACAGAGCAGCAGGCACAGUUGGGGCUUCGGAAAAGCACAGAUCUUAUUUUGUUUACGUUAUUAAAACAGAACUAGAGAAACAUUUGAAAAAGGAACUUCAGUGUCUGUUCAUUAGCCACAGUGAGAGUGUUCAGCAGUACCAGUCUUCCUCUAUUUGGAAACAGGGCUAGGUUGGCACUGCAGCCUGUUUUUAAGAAGUCCUGAAGAACAAACUUCACAUCACUUACACAGUAAGCAAGGAGGAUGUGGCACAUAGACAUGUGCAGCGCUGGGCAUGUGCAUGAAUACCCACCACAUUACAGCCAGGAGUCUGCUCAGCUCUUCAGCAAUGGCCUGCUCAGUGGCAAAGCACUGAACUUACUUGUGUGGUGGUCAAGCUCUCCAACCAGCAGUGGCAGCCCAACAACAGACAGCAGGAAUGCAGCCAGCAUCCCCCAGGAAGGCAGCAGGAGUUACUGGUGUGAACUGAGAGGAUAUGCGUAGUACAGCAGUGCCCUAGGUGUUGGGUGAGUUAUUUUUCCUCCUAUUUGCAGCCUCUAGGCAAAGCUAAGACAGAGGCAGGGCCGAAAAUAAAAAUCCCAUCCCCUGGCAGUGCUGAUCUUCAGCAUCACACAGGAACUGCUGUGCCAGGUUUCUGACAUCCUGCCUUACUGCACUGACAACUGGGCCAGCUUCUCGCCCUCAGCCUUGCUCAUCUUUCUCCCUGAGGUCAUUGGGAGAAGGAAAGAAAUAUCCUUCCCAAAUUGCCACUGGGCAGAACCCUGCUGAGACUGUGAAGGCAAUGCAGUGAGAGGAGGUCAGUUGUCAGCACAGCACUGGAAAGCAGCUUUUCUGACAAAGCAAGCAGUAGCUGAUCAGGGCAGCUCCUCAGCUGAGUA